CCCAGUGGUUGUCUUCUAAUUUGAGCAAACAGCUCGCGGCCCGAGGCGAGGCACACACCCAAAAGACAGCUCUUCGGGUUCUCUAGAUAUGUACAUAUAGAGUAUAUCUCAUAUAUCCCAGCGAUCUCGCGGUCUCGCGAUCUCGAUCGUUGCCAAUUUCGCUCGCCGGAAUCGGAUUCAGUCGCAAACGAACAACGAACCAUCGAAGUUUAGAAAAUAUCUAACAAUUAAAAGCGAUCGCGCGCGCGCUUUUUCUCGAACCUCGAAUCUCGAACAACGAAACGAAAAUAAAUUUGGAAAAUUGCAAUUGUCGUUUUGUUUUUAGCGCGCGUGCAUUGCCAAAACGAAUCAGAAACUGAAACAACUGAAACAACGAAUCGAGCUAAGGAGAAAUAUAUAGACGCGGGAAGGAAACAACGCAAAAAACGACGCACAUUUCUCAGUUGCAUGCCGCGUGGAUCGAAAUAUACAUAUAUAUAUAUAUAUAUGUAUAUAUAUUUAAUUAUAUAUAUUGCUAAACUUAGAAAUAAAAGCGAAAAAGGGAGGAAUAACUUGGAGAGGCGUUGCCCGUGGCCAAGGGAAAAAAUAAGAAAUACGCAUGAAUACUAUACUAUAUGAAUGCAACAUUAAUUGAACUAGCUCAAGGCUCAAGCCCUCUCACUCUCGCCGCCUCUCGCCCUCUCUCUCUCUCUCUCUCUCUCUCUCUCUCUCUCUCUCUUUCUGCCACAAAUCUGUAUAAUUAUAUAAUCCAAUUUGUGUUAUUUAUUGCGCCCCUGAGAGCAGUGAACCAAACUGAACUGGACACGUGUCAUUAGAUUUUAAGCCUCGCACACAUACGAUACAUUGCGUUGAUUAUGAGCGCUUUCGCCGAUCGGAAUAUACAUUUCAAUCCUUUGCGAAAUCAGCAAACGCUUAUCGUUAAGCGACUGAGACCGCCGGAGAGCAGAAACUACAAGAACUGAGCAAUCGAACAACGAAUAUAUAGACGAACUCUGCUCCCAGCUAAGCACAAAAACAAACGAACCUUUUUUAAAAUAUAAAAAAGCCAACGCAGAAAUACAACGAAAUAUAUAAGCAAUAAAAUAAAGCCAAAAACGAACGAAUUUUAAAGCAACUAUAACAACACUGCGACAACAACAACAACAUCCAACAAAGAAAGAAAAACCGGAAACAUAAAGACAAGAAAGGAUCAUCACAUUGUUAAAGAACUUUUGCAGAGAAAAGUGUCUUUUUUUUAUUGUACAUAUAAACAUUUAAACAUAUAUCUAAGUUCUAUAGAUUUGUUUUUGUUGAUUUUGAAUAUAUAGCUCAUACAUAUAUAUCUUUGUUGUCCCAAAUUGUUGUGUUAGCUUAGCUAGGCUUAAAAUAUAACGAAUACUAGUCAGCCGCCCAACUGUGCGUAUACGUAACGUGCAACGUCACUGCGUAUACUUAAUAUUUAAGAGUAGAUAACUAAGGAUUAGGCCAAAAACCAACGAACAAAUGAUGAAAAAUCUGAACGGUAGGACGCACAAUGCGUGCUACCAUCCCUACUACCAUCAAUCGAUGCACUUUGCGCAGCAGCAACAUAAUCAACAGCAGCAGCAGCAUCAUCAGCAGCAGCAACAUCAGGAGCUGCAGCUGCAGCAGCAACAGCAGCAGCUGCAUCAGCAGCAACAUCAGCCAUCCCAUCAGCCAUCCCAUCAGCAAUCGUUACGUCAUCAGCAACGGCAACUGCCCACGCAGCCUGCCUACCAGCAACACCAGCAGCAACAACAACAUCAGGAGCAACAGCAACUGAGGCAAUCGUUUGCCCACAAUGCUUUUCCACUGCGCAGCAGCAACAGCAACAAUUAUGGCCAUGUUGCUGGCAGCGCCUACGCCGGCAACAGCAGCAAUGCGGCUGCCAUGGCCGCCGUGUGCCAAAUGCAGAAUUUUUUUAGUCAACAACAGCAACAGGAGUACAACAAUUGCUUGCCUAUUAAUUAUUAUCAACAACAACAGCAGCAACAGCAACAACAACUACAGCAGCAGCAGCAACAACAGCAACCGCAACAACAACAACAACAGCAACAGCCAAUGACAGCUACAACGACAGCAGCCUCAUGCAAUGCCACAACAGCAGCAACAACAACAGCAGCAACAACAGCAGCAACAGCAACAGCAAUAGCAGCAGCAACAACAACCUCUACGAACAACGACAACAACAAUAGCGAUAAUUUUGCAAUGGAUGCCACUGAAAUCGCCACUUUUCUCGCCAACGAGCUUUUCCUACAGCAGCUCGGCAACUUUGAGACCGUUCAGAGUGUUUUAACGCUGACCACGCCCACGCUGACGCCCACAACCACGCGCAGCAUCGAGGAUUCCUUUUUCCAGAUUAUUUCGGAUACGCAAAAUGAUCGUGGAGCUGGUUGUGCGGGAUUUGCAGUGCCACUGGUGCUGCCAAACGCCACGGCGAAUGCCAAUGAGUCCAAUGGCAACGGAAUUUCCACAAUUCCCAGCCAGCAGCAGCAGCAGCAGGAGCAGCAGCAUCAGCCGUUCAAUGUGAGUCUGGUGGCAGGAAGCGAUUCCGAGGAGUCCAAUGGCUCCUACAACGAUACCCAGAUGAACGAGGAGCAGGACACAACCGAUACUUCAAGUGCCCACACGGACAGCACCUCCUACCAGAAUGGUCACAUAAUGGGCGGCAGUGUGAACGGCGGCGGAGCCAACAAUUUCAGCAAUGUCCUGGCGGCCGUUGGCUCUGGUAGAGGAUCCACGGGCAGCAACGCGAAUACCUCAAACAGUGCCACGCCGGCGCGUCGUGGAGGCGGUCGUCGGCCCAACCGGUCGGCCAACAUGACGCCCGAGGAGGAGCAGAAGCGGGCGGUGCGCCGGGAGCGGAACAAACAGGCGGCGGCCCGUUGCCGCAAGCGGCGCGUCGAUCAGACCAACGAGCUCACCGAGGAGGUCGAGCUGCUGGAGAAGCGCGGCAGCGUGAUGCGCAAGGAGAUCGAGGAGCUGACGAACAGCAAGAACCAGCUGGAGUACCUGCUGGCCGCCCAUCACCCCACCUGCAACAAGGUGCGCACCGAUCUGCUGAGUGUGGCCACCUGCAACGGGCUGAUUGCACCGGCCGGACUCCUCAGUGCCGGCAGCUGUGGCAGCGCCGGAUCGAGCAGCCAUCACAAUCACAACAGCAACGACAGCAGCAACGGCACCAUCACCGGACUGGACGCCACCCUGAACUCCACCGGGCGGAGCAAUUCGCCGCUCGAUCUCAAGCCAUCGCCCAACAUCGACAACUUGCUGCUGAACAUCAAGGACGAGCCACUGGACGGGGCACUGGACUCGGGCUCCAGUCUCGACCAGGAUGGUCCGCCAUCCAACAAGCGUUUCACCUUGCCGCCCAUGUCCACGAUGCCGCACGUCCAUAUUUCAACGCUGAUGACGCCCACGGGUGCCUCGUCGGGAUCGCUGCAGACGCCCAUAACCAGCACGGCGCCUGGUGGAUUUGGCAGUGCCUUCCCGGGCAUCGCCACCAAUGGAAAUGGCAGUGGCAGUGGCAGUGGCAGUGGCAGCGGAAACGGCAGCAUGAACAGUCCCACGCUGAAUGCGCUGAACAAGGUGCCCAAGGAGCGGCCCAACACGCUGGCCUUCCAGCGACCCAUGCACCUGACCAUGGCCAAUAAGUCGGCCGGAGGAGGAGCAGGCGGAGCAGGCGCAGGAGCACCGCCCACGCAGAUCCAGGGAGUGCCCAUCCAGACGCCAUCCACCGGCACCUUCAACUUUGAAUCCCUGAUGGACGGCGGCACUGGGCUGACUCCGGUCUCGGGUCCACUGGUGCCCAACACCUCCGCCAUGAACAAGCAUCCGCUGGAGCUGCCCACGCCCACCGCCGAGCCGUCCAAGCUGGUCAGCUUAUAACCGGACAGGAGCUGGUUGCGGGCCGGAGGAUAGUCAGGAAUAAGUUAAGUUUGAUAUAAUUCAAAACGUAGCGAACGUAGCAUACUUACACAUGCUAAAAGGAAAA